AUGGGCGCAACCACCAUGACAACCACCGCCAUUGUCGGCACCGUCCUCUUCUGGGCGCUCUUCGCCUUCAGGUACUUCCGUACCAUCGUUAGCGUGUACACCUUCUGCACCUACAAGCCAAAACCGAUUGCAGCAAACCCACGCUACACCUCUGCUGACGCUACGGUCGUCAUUCCCACGACGUUCAAGACUCCCGGCGAGCUCAUGCAAUGCGUUCGUCGAAUCCUCCUUUGCGACCCGGCCGCCGUCUUCAUUGUCACGGCCAACGCCAACGUCCCGCUUGUCAAAGACUGCCUUGCCCUUCACUCGCUCGACAACAACAGCGAGAAGAUCACUGUCCUCGGCGUCGACAAGCUCAACAAGCGAACCCAAAUCCUCAAGGCCAUGCCCGAAGUCAACACUGCAAUCACUAUUCUUGCCGACGACGACGUCUUCUGGCCAGAGAGCUUCAUUGACUACAUGCUUGCAAUCUUCGAGGACCCCGAGGUUGGUGCCGGAGGCCCACGUCAGCGCGUCCACCGCAAUGACAGGCCUGACUUCUGGAACUUCCUUGGUAUCAGCUACCUCGAGCGCCGCGUCUGGAACAACUGCGCGACCAACGCCAUCGACGGCUCAAUCUCCACACUCUCUGGGCGUACCGCGUUCUAUCGCACCGAGAUCCUCAAGAGUGACGAGUUCGAGUACUACUUCACCCACGACACUUGGCGCGGUAAGCCUCUCAACUCGGACGACGACAAGUGCCUUACUCGGUACGUCUACUCCCACGGCUGGAAGAUCGUCCUCCAAUUCGACCCACGAUCAACCAUCGAGACAACUGUCGAGCCCGACUCCGGCUACCUUCACCAAUGCAUGCGAUGGUGCCGCGCUCACUGGCGUGGUAACUUCAUCGUCAUGCAGAACGAGACGUACUGGUGCUCCCUCAAGUUCUGGUGGGGGUUCUACUACAUCUACCUCGGCCAGUUCCAGACUCCAGCUCUCAUCAUCGACGGACUCCUUUCUCUCUUCCUCUGGCUUGCAGUCGGCGGCUCUCCCGUAGCCAAGGACGCAUUCAUCGCCCUCGCUGCCUGGAUCGUCUUCACCAAGAACCUCAAGAUGAUCCCGCACUUCUGGCGACACCCCAUCGACAUGCGAUUCAUUCCGAUUGGCAUCGCAUUCUCCUACUUCCACGGCUUCCUCAACCUUUACGCUGCCUUCAGCAUGCAGCAGACUCAAUGGGGUUCGCAGAACCUCACUGCACUCGCCGAGACUCGUGUCGAGAGGGAGGAAGAGAUUCCUUUCCUCAAGGAAUCAGUCGAAGAGGUCAAACUCACCUUCCCAUCUUAG